GCUAUUCUCGCCAUGGCUUUCUCCUUCGAUUUCCUUCUUUUCUUCUUCUCUCCUCCCUUCCUCCUUCCUUCACCAGAUUCCCCUCUGGUCUCCAAUUUCCAAUUACAAACGACACAGAAUUCGUGCCAAUUUCCAUCUAUUUCCUUAUCUGAAAAGACAUGAUUGAAUAUAUACUCUUCUCCAUCCUUCUCCUUCAUUUCAUUCACGCCGCCACAGUCGCCGCCGCCGCCGGCCAGCUGCCGCCUCCGCCGAAAAAAUGGAUGACUCUUACAGGUAAUCCGCCGGAGGUUGUGGCGAAAGGCGGCUACUCCGGAUUUUUCCCCGACUCGAGCCGGUCGGCUUAUCAGUUCGCCAUUGACAGCGGCAUUCCGGGGACAGUAUUGUAUUGCAACCUCCAUUUCACUAAGGAUAACGAUGGCUUUUGCAUUGCCGAUAUAAAUCUCGGCAAUGCGACGAAUAUCGAAGAAUUAGAUCCUCGUGGACGGAAGACAUACGAUGUAUAUGGACAAAUUAUUGAUGGAUGGUUCGGACUCGACUACCCUGCUCAAUUUAUUUUCGACAAUGUCACAUUGCGACAAAACAUCUUCACGAGAAUGGCUGUGUUCGACGGCGAGCCGAUCACGGGACCAUUCGAUAUAAAGGAAGACGUCAACAAGCAACCGACGAGGCUAUGGUUGAACGUCGAGAUCGACAUGUUUUACAAUCAACACAAUGUUGUACCGGAGAGGUAUCUCCUAGAGCAACUCAACGGACUUCCCGAGUUCAUUUCAUCUCCGGAGAUCGGCUUCCUCAAGGCGAUCCGGCCAAAAUUGGGCAAUGCGCAAACAAAGAUCAUUUUCGUGUUCCUUGACGAGAUGAGAAUCGAGCCAACGACGAAAACGCCGUAUGGUACGAUCCUCAAGGAUCUUGCAACGAUCAAAUUGUUCGCAUCCGGGAUUGUUGUCCCCAAAGAGUACAUUUGGCCGAUUAGUAAGGAUCGGGUUUUGAUGCCGUCGACGAACGUCGUGCAAGAAGCUCACCGGUUAGGGUUGACCGUUUACGCUUCCGGCUUCGCGAACGAUAACUUGUUGAGUUAUAAUUACAGCUACGAUCCCGCCAGGGAGUACCUACAGUUCGUCGAUAAUCCUCUGUUUUCGGUCGACGGGGUGUUGUCUGCAUUCCCGUCGACCGCUUCGGAGGCGAUCGGUUGUCUGAAUCCGGACAAGAAUGCUCCUCGGGAGAUCGAAGCUUUGAUUAUAUCGCACAACGGGGCUAGCGGCGAUUAUCCGGGAUCGACCGAUCUCGCCUAUCAGAAAGCUGUCGAUGACGGCGCUGACGUGAUCGAUUGCGCUGUUCAAAUGUCGAAAGACGGGACUCCCUUCUGCUCGGAUAGACCUGACCUUAUGAAAACCUCGACCGCCGCCAUUCUUUACAUGGAUCUCAUGACGAACUAUCCGGAAAUUCAAGCUGCCGACGGCGUUUUCUCGUUCGAUCUGGCGUGGAGCGAGAUUCAAGCUUUGAAACCACAACUCGAGAAUGCCUUCGAUGGCGAACUCGCGAGAAAUCCCGCAAACAAGAACGCCGGAAAGCUCGUGACUCUCGCCGAGUUCUUGGAGAUUGCCAAAACACGUGUGGUCUCUGGCGUACUAAUCGACAUUGAGAGCGCGCCGUUCCUCGCAAAAAGGGGUCUCGACGUGGUUGGUGCAGUCGAAACCGCACUUCGAAACGCAGCGCUCGGGAAUCAAAGAGUCCUAAUCGAAUCCGACGACACAUCGGUGCUCUCAAGGUUCAAAGACAAGCCAAACUACCAAAGAGUUCUUUACAUCAACGCGACGAUGGGCGGCGUCCCAGAACAAGUCGCGAGCGAGGUCAAAAAACACGCCGACGCCGUCUUUGUACACCGAGACGCUAUCAUCAUAGCCUCCGACAACUUCGCCUACAACUUCACCAACACGGUCGAAGCGCUCCACGCCGCCCACAUCUCCGUCUACGUCGGAAUCCUAAAGAACGAGUUCCAAAACUUGAUCUUCGAUUACCUAUCCGACCCUAACAUCGAGCUCGCCACGCUCCAUUCACUACACGUCGAUGGCGUCGUCACGGACUUCCCUGCCACCGCAUCAAUGUUCUCGAGAUCUUCUUGUACGAAAAAUGGAUCAGCAUUCGUUACGAAACCUGUUUCGCCGGGCCUACUAUACGCAGCAGCUCCGGUGGCGGCUCCACCCCUCCUCAGCACGGAGGAGGUGGUCGAUCCACCGUUGCCAGCGGUAGCGGCGAAUACGACACCGCCAUUGGGUGGUCCCGGAGCUUCGACGGCGGCGGCGCCGCCGCGGCCUAAGCAAAAUUCUUCUACUACACUAAGGAUUAACCCUGCGGGCUUCUUGUUGGCAUACCUUUUGGCAAUUGUUACAUUAUUUACGUGA